AUGAGUAAUGAAAUUUGUGAGGAAAUUUUGAAGUGGACCAAUGCUGAAAUAGCUAUAAGGAAGCAAAGCUAUGAGAACAUAACAUCAACCCAAAAGGAAACGAACAAAGAGGAACUCAACGCUCUGUUCGGUGUCUUAUUGUUGGCAGCUGCGUUGAAGGAUAACCAUCUUACAAGCGAUGAAUUGUUCAACACGUCUUUCUGCGGAACCCGAUACAUCGACUGUAUGAGUCGAGAAAGGUUUGAUUUUCUCAUAAGAUGCCUUAGGUUUGAUGACAGGACUAUAAGAAUACAAACCUUGCAGUCUGAUCCAUUCACACCAAUCCGUAAAAUAUGGGACUUGCUUAUAGUUCAAUGUCGAGACAAUUACAUACCAGGAACCAACGUUACCAUCGAUGAGCAAUUGCUGGCAUUUCGUGGUCGUUGUAAAUUCAAGACGUACAUCCCCAAGAAGCCUGCCAAAUACGGUCUGAAAAUUGAAAUGAUGUGUGACAGUGGGACCAGAUACAUGAUUGACGCCAUGCCUUAUCUUGGAAAACGAACACAUACUGGAGACGUUCCCCUUGGUGAAUAUGUUGUUAAAGAAUUUACACGAUCAAUUCGUGGCUCAAACAGAAAUGUAACAACAGAUAAUUGGUUCACAUCUGUCCCAUUAGCUAAAAAUCUGCUACAACAGCCUUACAAGUUGACAAUCGUUGGGACUUUGCGGGCUAACAAAACAGAAAUACCGGAAGAAAUGAAGAAUUACCGAGGUAGAGCUAUUGGAACUGCCAUGUUUUGUUACAACGGGCCACUAACUCUCCUAUCAUUUAAGCCGAAGCCAAGCAAUAUAUUUGCUGUCGUCUUGUAA